UCUUCUAGUUGUCUUGGUGUGGUCUUUAUUUAUUUUUGUCGUUCUUAUGUGGGUUGAGCCGGGGAUGAUGGUUAGGCUGGAAUUUCUGAAACAAUCCUCUUGCUCUCCCAACAUUUUUUCGUCUUAUAGACCAGCACUCUUUUUCUUUUCUACGGUUUUUUUCAUUGGGUUCUCUGUAGAAAGGUUUUAAUGAGGCUGGACCCUUGAAUGCGCCUGUACUUUCGAAGGUUCUUCAUGUUUUUCUUUUUUUAUAGUAUAUAACAUGGAUUUAGAUUUGAAUUGUGUAAUAAUUUAUGCUAGGUAUUAGGAUGUCAUUGCUCACGACGGCAACAUUUAUUAUAUAUUGUAAAUCCCAAGGGCCUAUGGCUAUAAAUACCACUCCUUCCACCUUGGUCUGUGGAUCCAGUAAGCAUCCGUAAUAUAUCUUCAAAAAAAAAAGUUUGGUAAUGGCGAAAUCAGCAGAAGCAGAGCACCCGGUGAAGGUCGUUGGGUGGGCUUCGAGAGAUACAUCUGGAGUUAUGUCUCCUUUCAACUUCUCAAGAAGGGCAACUGGCGAGCGUGAUGUGCAGUUCAAAGUUCUCUACUGCGGCGUCUGCCAUUCCGAUCUUCACAUGAUCAAGAACGAGUGGGGCUUCACACACUACCCUAUUGUUCCUGGGCAUGAGAUCGUGGGCAUUGUAACAGAGGUAGGCAACAAGGUUGAGAAAGUGAAGGUAGGAGACAAAGUGGGCGUUGGAUGCUUGGUGGGAUCGUGCCGGCAAUGCUCGCAAUGCUCAAACGAUCUGGAAAACUACUGCUCCAAACAGAUCCUCACCUACAGCAUGCCUUACUUGGACGGAAGCAUCACAUACGGCGGCUACUCCGAUGUGAUGGUGGCGGACGAGCACUUCAUCAUCCAAUGGCCCGAGUCUCUACCCAUGGACAAGGGCGCGCCUCUGCUGUGUGCCGGCAUCACUACUUACAGCCCCCUGAGGUACUUCGGCCUCGACAAGCCGGGCCUCAACGUGGGGGUUGUGGGGCUUGGCGGCCUGGGGCAUCUCGCUGUCAAGUUCGCCAAGGCCUUCGGCACCAGAGUCACUGUGAUUAGUACUUCCUUGGCCAAGAAGCAGGAAGCGCUCAGCAAUCUGGGUGCUGAUGAGUUCUUGGUGAGCCGCGACGAGCAGCAGAUGAGCGCCGCGGUGGGGACGCUGGACGGCAUCAUUGACACGGUGUCGGCCACUCAUCCCCUGCUGCCGUUGAUAAGCCUGCUCAAGCCUGACGGCAGGCUCAUCAUGGUGGGGGCUCCCGAGAAGCCGCUGGAGCUGCCGGUGUUUCCUCUGCUUAUGGGGAGGAAGUCGAUAUCGGGGAGCGGGAUCGGAGGGUUGAAAGAGACGCAGGAGAUGGUGGAUUUUGCAGCCAAGCACAACAUAUUGCCGGAUGUGGAGAUCAUCCCUAUAGACUACGUCAACACGGCUAUGGACCGUCUCUUGAACUCCGAUGUCAAGUAUCGCUUCGUCAUUGACGUCGCCGCCACCUUGAAAGCCGAGUAGGGCCGCUUUCUCAGAAUCGACGGCAGUUUCGAACUAUCAGUCCUUUCCUUAGAGACGUACAUGUCGAAUUACUAUUUGAGAUAUUUGGUGUUACUUGCUAGCUUAUUUUUGGAUAAAUAAUGUACUAUUAAAUAA